AUGACGAAUACAAUUGGCGUCAAGAACACUGCCAUGCAUCAUGUCGAAGAUGCAGAGAAGCAGGGUCACAUCAAGGACCUCAUCUCGGAGCAGGAACAGCACGAUGCCGACGAGCUCGAGCAGAAGUACCACAUCCCGUUGAAGGCGGUGUUGGAAUCUCAUCUCGAGGAGGAUCCCAAGACUGUCCGUAAGGUCAUGCGGAAAGUCGACUUGCGUCUUGUGCCCAUGCUCUCGCUGCUUUACAUGUGGGCGUUCAUCGACAGGGCCAACUUGGGAAAUGCCAACAUUGCCGGCAUGAGCGAAGAUCUCAAGACCAACAUCGGCAACCGCUACUCUGUCUUGGCCAUGAUCUUCUUCGUUGGGUACUGUCUCGUCGACAUCCCCGCUACAUUCCUUGUCCGAAAGAUUGGCCCGGCGCUGUGGAUCGGGACCAUCACAACCAUAUGGGGUGUCGUGACGCUCUGUCAAGGCUUCGUCAAGACCUGGGGCGAACUCGCCCUAUGCCGUGUCCUCCUUGGCUUCCUUGAAGGUGGUCUUGUCCCCGCAGCCAUGUUUCUGCUGUAUAACUGGUACACACGCUACGAGAUCCAGGCUCGCAUUGCUGGAUUCUACGUUAUUGGCAAUGCGUCCAGCGGCCUAGCCGGGCUGCUUGCCUACGGCAUCGAGCAGAUGGCCGGAGAUUCAGGCUUGAAUGGCUGGUCCUGGAUCUUUAUCAUAGAGGGCAUUGUCAGCACAAUCGUUGGCCUCGCCUCGUACGUUGUCAUGGUUGACUUCCCAGAAAAGGCCACAGUCAAAAACUCGCUUGGCCUGCCCGGGUUCUUGACGCCUGAGGAAGCCGCCAUUGUUCUCGCUCGCGUAGAGCGCGAUCGUGGCGAUGCCGUCGAGGACAAAAUCACACUCAAGAUCGCUAUGAAGCAUUUCCAGGACUGGAAGCUGUGGGAGUUUACCCUGUACCUCUUGCUCAACAACACGGGCGUCUACGCGUUCUCAUACUUUCUGCCAGUGAUCUUGAAGGACGGCUUCGGCUACUCGACCGGCCGAGCCCAAUUGCUGACUUUCCCUCCCUACGCGGCAGGAGCGGCGUGGAUCAUGAUCUGUGCGUUCACAGGCGAUCAUUUCAAAGUCCGUGGCCCCAUCAUGAUCUUCAACGCGUCGAUGUACAUUGUCGGGGUGUCUCUAACGGGGUUUGCCUCGGAAGUGCACGCCCGCUAUGCCGGGGUGUUCUUGGGUGUGAUGGGCAUCAUUGCAAAUAUCCCUACGCAGUGGGCUUAUGCCCACAACAACAUGGUCGGGCAGAACAAGAAGGGUCUCACCAUGGCGCUGAUGGUCAUGGGGGGCGCCUUCGGCGGUAUCAUCGCGGGCAACGUGUUCGAGUCCCAGGAUGCGCCGGGCUACAGAUCUGGUCUGUGGAUCUGCAUUGGGUUUCAGAUGCUCUACUUUGUGCUUGUGUUGAAGAACUUUGUCAUCUUCUACGUCCAGAACAGGCGGGCCGACCGUGGUGAGAUCGUUAUCGAGGGCCAGCUUGGUUUUCGAUACACCUACUAA